AGUAGAUAGCGAUCCAUCCAAUAAGAUCGCUCGUUUAAUCCACGUACCUGCAGACGAAACAUGGCGACUGUCAACGCGAUCUUCCUCGUAUUUGCAAUAUUGUUUGCAGUAAUUGGCUCCUUAAACGCUGUUCCUAAAAAGAAAGAGGACUCUCUAGGAGAGAAGGUCAGCCAGCUGACAGAAUGGAACAACAAGAAAGCAGUCAUCCGAAUGAAUGGAGAUAAAUUCAGACAGUAUGUGAAAACAGCUCCCCGGAAUUACUCAGUAGUGGUCAUGCUGACUGCCCUCCAACCCCAGAGACAGUGCUCCGUGUGCAGACAAGCUAAUGACGAGUACACAAUUCUGGCUAAUUCCUGUUUAUGUUUAUGUUUCAGACAAGCUAAUGAUGAGUACACAAUUCUGGCUAAUUCCUGGCGGUACUACCAGCAGUAUUCUAACAAGCUGUUUUUUGCUAUGGUGGACUAUGAUGAAGGCUCGGAUGUGUUCUCUGCAAUGAAGCUCAACACAGCUCCAGUUUUUAUGCAUUUUCCCGCUAAAAACAAGCCCAAGAAAGGGGACACCAUGGACAUUCACAGAGUUGGAUUUUCUGCUGAACAGAUUGCUAAGUGGGUCGCUGAGAGAACAGACAUAAAUAUCCGGGUGUUCAGACCCCCGAACUACUCGGGGACCAUGGCUUUGGCCCUGCUGUUUGCACUCAUCGGAGGACUCCUGUACUUGAAGAGGAACAACCUAGAAUUUCUGUACAAUAAAACUGUGUGGGGAGUUUUAGCCUUGUUUGUGAUUUUCGCCAUGACUUCCGGGCAGAUGUGGAACCACAUUAGAGGACCACCUGUGAUGCACAAAAACCCAUCCACUGGACAGAUUAAUUACAUUCAUGGCAGCAGCCAGGGGCAGUUUAUUGCAGAAACUUACAUAGUGUUUUUCUUAAAUGCUGCAGUGGUAGGGGGCUUUGUGUUGCUGAAUGAAGCAAAUUCGGUCAAAGGUGAUCCAGGGAAGAAAAGAAUUUUAUCCAUGGUAGGACUGGGGUUUGUAGCCAUUUUCUUCAGUCUCCUCCUAUCUGUGUUCAGGUCCAAAUACCAGGGCUACCCGUACAGUUUCCUGUUUAAGUAGAUGAAACUCCAGUAGAUGUCUCGCGUGUUUAUUUUAAUGAGUAAAAGACCGUGGAACAGAGUUGUGGGUGUUUUAAUAUACUAAGGAGAGAAAUGUGUACUUAUGUGUGAAUGUACAGGUGAAAGAUUUUUGGACUACGUGGUGUUGUGUUGAGAUGUCUUAUUCAUAUUUUAAUAUAAAGGAAAAUGCCAACAGCAUAGCUGCCAUGUUAAUGUGAGAAGCAUUGAGAAUCAUUUCAAAUACAUGUAGUGCAAUCUCAAAAUUUUAAUUAAAAGUUUCUGUAAGAAA